AUGGAAUACCAGUUCAAAGACCCGUCUAGUUCCACACGCUCCAGGACCGCGGAUCCUUCCUCAAAGAAGCAUCAGAUGCCGUUGAGCCGCAAAUCUUCUCGAAGGAACGGUCCCGCAGGCAUCGUCCUGGUACAGGCUGAUGCAACAAUGAUCAGGAGGUUGAUCUGGAUCGUCUCGCAUCGUUUCAAACGUGAAGUCAGUCCGCUCCCGUGGGAACCAGCUCCAAAGCAUUGGAGGGAGAAUCCGGAUUCCCUGGUUCCGCCCACGUCUCCGGCACGGUCGGGCACUUUGCGUUUUAUGGUUCUCUUCUCCUUCAGCGUCACGAGCUCGGUGUCGGGCGCCGGGGUGCAGACUCCAGUUGAAGAACUCAAUGUAGGGCGGAUCGGGGACGCUAAACGCCCGUCCACUGGUGUCUUUGAGACCGGUAAGUUCGUUCGUGGAUUUCCACGCGUUCAGAGGGAGUCGUAG